AUGGCCAGUUUUGAUGUGCAGUCUCUGUUCACAUGCUUACCUGUUGAAGACUGCAUCUCGAUUGUUACUAGAAGGCUGAAGGAAAACAACGUGCCCGUAGAAUAUGCAGUAUUACUCAGACACUGCCUUAUAUCUGGCUACCCAUUGUGGAAGGAAGAGUUCUACAAGCAAGUAGAUGGAGCGGCGAUGGGCUCACCUGUAUCUCCCAUUGUCGCCGAUAUAUUCAUGGACGACUUUGAGGAGAAAGCCCUGCUUACUUCUCCCGUAAACCCAAGAUUCUACAAGCGGUACGUAGACGACACUUUCACAAUUCUACCUUUAGAUAAAAUAACUGCAUUUUUAGAUCAUCUUAACUCCAUAAAUUCGAAAAUUCAGUCCACAGUGGAGUUAGAGGCAAAUAAUUCUUUAGCUUUUCUAGAUGUGUUAGUAAUUUGGAAUCCUGAUAACACCUUGAGCCACACUGUGUAUAGAAAAAGACCCAUACAGAUAGAUAUUUAA